GUGUUGCAUUUGCAUACAUGUGCCUUUAGUGUUCCUCUCCUCUUAACCUUCUUCUACCUUUUUUCUCAAGUUGUUCAAAUAAAACUUGAGAGCUUUUCUUCCAUCUCUAAAAACCAAUAAACAGGUUGUUUUCAUCACAUAUACAUGCUCUGUAUACUAGUGGCUCCCUGGAUAUUUAAUGACAAGUUAGAGCAAAGACAUGCAAGUUUAUUCAUAUCCAGGCACCAUUCGCCUGACUUUCUUGGAAAACUAUCUACAAGUAGUAUUCGAAAUAAGGAAUUGAAGUCAUUUGUUGUUAGCAGGGCAUUGAUCUCUACUAAGACCUGAAGUGGGAGGUGGAAAUGAAGUUCAAGUUUAUGUCUUUUUGAAGAAUCCAGCAGUAUAUGAUGCUUCAGGUAGAAAAAAGUUACUCUUUUUGGUUUCUGAAUCUUUCUUGGUAUUGAAAAAUGUUGUUGCUGAUUUGGGUGUUUGAGGGAAAGAAGAAGAGGAUUUUGGCUAAGGAUUAGCAUUAGGCCAAAGGGUGGAUUAUUGAGCAAUUUGAACAGGAUGGAGGCAUCCAUGCCCCAAAAAAGGAUGAAGAAACAACUAACGGGGAAACGUGGGGACAGUGUCUUGCAUAGAUUGGCUAGAGCUGGAAAUCUUGUUGAAAUAAGAGGGAUUAUAGAUAACACGAGGGAGGAAGAAUUGAAAGAGCUUUUGGUAAAUCAAAAUUCAGCUGGAGAGACCUCUUUAUAUGUUGCAGCAGAAUAUGGUUAUUGUGAUUUAGUUAAGGAGAUGAUCAAGUACUAUGAUCUUGCUGCUGCUGGAAUCAAAGCAAGGAACGGAUUUGAUGCGUUGCAUAUUGCUGCUAAACAAGGAGAUUUGGAUGUGGUGAAGGUACUAAUGAUGGUACAUCCCGAGCUCUCAAUGACUGUUGAUGUUGCAAAUACAACAGUUGUGCAUAGUGCAGCAAACCAAGGGCAUAUUCAGAUGGUGAAUUAUUUAUUGGAUGCAGAGAGUAGUUUGGCCACUAUUGCUAAAAGUAAUGGAAAAACAGCCCUACAUUCUGCUGCAAGAAAUGGACAUGUGCAAGUGGUGAAGGCCCUAUUGAAUAAGGAGCCAAGGAUAGCGAGCCGGAUGGAUAAAAAGGGGCAGACUGCACUUCACAUGGCUGUCAAAGGAAAAAACCUUGAAGUUGUGGAGGAGCUGAUUAGAGCAGAUGCUAAGUUGACAAAUAUCGUUGACACAAAGGGCAAUACAGCAUUGCAUAUUGCAUCCCGGAAAGGAAGGGCUCAGAUUGUUAAGUUUCUACUUGGUCAAAACGAAACGGAUACCAGAGCUGUCAAUAGAUCAAAGGAAACAGCUCUUGACACUGCAGAGAAAAUGGGACAGGCAAAUAUUGCAGUCAUCCUACAGGAAGCUGGUGUACAAAGCGUCCGAGCCAUCAAGCCUCAGACUUUAAAUCCAGCAAGAGAGUUGAAACAAACAGUUAGUGACAUAAAACACGAAGUACACUAUCAAAUGGAACAUACGCGACAGACAAGAAAACGUAUACAUGGCAUUGCCAAACGUAUAGAUAAAAUGCACACUGAAGGCCUUAACAACGCCAUCAAUUCUACCACAGUCGUAGCUGUACUAAUCGCCACAGUUGCCUUUGCAGCAAUUUUCUCUGUUCCAGGCCAAUACAUUGAGUAUCCAGAAGAUGUCCCGCAAGGCCAUUCCCUUGGAGAAGCAAAUAUAGCUCCAAGUCCCUCAUUUCUGAUAUUCUUCGUCUUCGACUCUUUUGCCCUUUUUAUCUCUCUGGCAGUUGUGGUUGUUCAGACAUCGAUCGUGGUAAUCGAAAGCAAAGCAAAGAAGCAGAUGAUGGCAAUCAUAAACAAGCUUAUGUGGUUAGCAUGUGUGCUAAUUUCAGUGGCAUUCUUGGCACUGUCUUAUGUUGUGGUUGGCAAAAAUGAGAAGUGGCUGGCUAUUGUAGUGACUAUUAUAGGAACAGUUAUAUUAGUUACAACACUAGGGACUAUGUGUUAUUGGGUCAUAAUGCAUCGGAUAGAGUCCUCCAACAUUCGAAAGAACUCUCUGGCCAGUAGGUCCUUGUCCUGGUCAGCGUCAGUUAUCUCUGAUUCAGAUGUUCUAAACAAUGAAUACAAGAAGAUGUAUGCUAUAUAAAAAAAAAAUAAAAAAAUUAGCAACUCUGUAAAUCCUACCCCAAAUUGUAAUAGAUCAUUGGCUUUACCAUCAUGUGCAUACUCUUGAAUCAAA